CAUGGCGGCGACCUGCAUGUGUUAGGAAACAACUCGUCGUCACGGCUAGCUACACUGUUGAAGUAAAAGUGGUACAAUAGACAGCUGGAGGCACAUUGAAUAUUAUUUAAAUUAUAGACCACCCAUUAGCAUGGCGUCUAAAAGUGUAACUGCACUCGAAGAGAAGGUUAAUCAGCUAUUAAGUCGAACGAAUGGAAAGCCUGUUCUAAAGCCAAACAAGCCUCUCGUCCUCAAGGACGAAGUGGCUAAUCGCAAAAUGCGAAGAGGGGAGGCCACUUGCAUCACAGAGAUGUCCCUGCUGAUGGCUUGUUGGAAGAAGAAUGAAUUCAAUAAUACACUGUGCUCCAGUGCAAUCACCACUUUUUAUAAGUGUGUGGAGAAAGCUCAGAUAGAGGCAGCAAAGUCAAAAGCAGCUCAUCAGGCCAGCCAAGGAGGACGACUUGUUCCCAAGCAAGCCAAUACUCUGCUAAGGCGAUUCCCCAGUAUUAAAAACGAACACUAAUACUAGACCCUUCAUCUGAGCCGAUUAAAAUGGGGUAUCUCUUGGACUCAAAGACUUCUUGGAGCAGUGAAUUGUAAAGUCGCACAACAGGACUGGACGUGGCCCUUUACUAAGAGACUGGAUGUUUAAGUCCAGAGAUGUACUGAAUCAAUUGGAGAUUCAUUGCUGUGAAGGAAGAAGAAAGACAAGGUUGGCCAAGUGUCAUUUGUCACAACAUCAGCAGCCAGUGCGGGCCAGGGGUGCAUUUGAGGUGCCUACACCAGCCUUUGAUGCACUCUGGAUGAUUACUGUAUCGAAUGAACUGCAAUAGAUCACAUUAAACCGUUCAAAUAAAUUCA